GCACCAGAGGAAUAAGACAGAGAGAAUACUCGGGCAGCAGCAAACACCGACAGCCCCACUCACUGAACACACCAAGGAAGCGCGUUGAUGAGGCAGACAACUUCUAGCCAACGAAUUCCGCUCUCAGACUUUGCUCGGACUUGUCUGGUGUUCACAUUACUGACACAAUGAGCUGCAGCAGUGUCACUGGUUCAGAGUUUUCUGAGGAAGAGCUCGAGAUCAGCGCGCUGGGACAAGGCGAUGACGAUGGAGGUGUCAAACCCCCUUUCCAAGGCAGUCCUAGCGACCCUGAGGAAGGCCAGAACAAGAAGCGCAACAGACCGGUCCGUUCGAAGGCUCGGAGAAUGGCUGCUAAUGUACGAGAGAGAAAGCGCAUUAUGGACUACAACCAAGCGUUCAAUGCUCUCCGAGUUGCCCUGAAUCAUGACCUGAGUGGCAAACGGUUGUCUAAGAUCGCCACCCUGCAGAGGGCCAUCAACCGCAUCUCUGCCCUCUCGAUAUUCCUGAGUUCAAAUCCUCCCAACAAGCCAUGCAGUCACCGGGAAUGCCACAGGUCACCUGCAGGACCAGCUGUGGUGGGAGGGUCUCGACUGGAGCAGACCAGAGUUGCAGUUCCUCGCCUGGAGCAUCAAAGCUACGUCCCCUGGCACGCAUCCAUCUCUCAGCAGCUGCAGCCGCAACAGGGGCCUCACCUCCACAGGCUGGCUGCGGAGCUACAUGCAUACAUGGAUAACGCAGUGACAUCAUGUCCACCUUCACCACACUACCCUUGUUAUCCGACCGAGGGGCAUUUUUACACCUCUCCUGGACACUGCAACAGCCCUGACUAUUACCCGCCCAGUCCGCUGCGAUACCCUCAAAUGGGUGAAGGGUUGGGGUAUCAGUCGGGAAUGUGGACCCAGUGUCCUCAAGGAUACGUGGACAGUUUAGUGGAGCCACCUCCUACUCUGGGGCUUCCAUAUGGCAGGUGAACUACAUGCAGGAGCACAGCUUCCCUCUGUGCUCUGAUAUACUGUAACAGGCUCAGGUUCUACUGUGAGCCCAGAGAACCGGACAGCAGCAACAGACUUCCAUAAAUGAAACUACUGGACUCAGAACCAGCUAACUGGACUCUGUGGACUGCAGGGGGGAACGUAUUAUGAGCCAGCAUUUCUAAAGGUUUAAUCUAAACCACUGGAAAGCAUGCUUGUCGAAAAGGAUGACACAGUGUCAGAUCAAUGUCAUUCCUUGCAGUUGUUAAAGUUUGUUACAUUUCUUGAUGUAAGACCUUGAAAAAUGAAGAGAACUGUGAAGAGAACUGCUUUGUGAGCGUUUUAUUUUGUAGAAACCUCAUCUUCAAAACUGCAGCACCUGUCAAUGUAUUUAUUUUGUUAUUUCGUGUUGAA